ACUUUUGUAUAAGUUAUGUCGAGCGUGUGUCACCUUUGAAAAUAUUUAUCUACUGAUGCUGAGCCAAAAAGUUGAUUAAUGGAGAAGGGAAUGCGUGAAAUUCCCAACUCCGAAAUCUGAGAAUUUAUGUCUUUGACUUAUAAAUUUAGGCUGUUACACGAAAAAAAGGAGUGUCAAAUUAACCAACACCUCCGAACCGAAUGACUCAAAAAUUCCAGAAAAUUUGUUAUCAAUUUCGAUCGAAUUCAUACCUUCCCCCUCUUCUUUAUCGUUUAUCGUUUUAAAAACCGAUUGAUAUGAUUAAUUAUCAUGUAAAUAAAUACCUAAGUGAAUUUGGCUAUUAAUUUGACAAUUUGUGUUAUAUUUUUUCUAUCUCGUUUGUUUUUCUCUCAAAAAUAAAACCUAACACGUUUGAAAAAACUGAUUCAUCAUUUGGAACAAGGCAUUUUCAAGACGUGAUGACUUUAGAAUCGGAUUCGAAUUUACACAAUUUACCAGACCUACAGUUGCACGACGACGAUGUGUAUAAAAUACUGAACGAACGAAACAUUCUUUUUGAAAGUUUACAGAAAGAAGUAAAUGCAUUAAAGGCGAAUCUCGAACAUAUUUUACAACCGUUUUGGCAAGAAAUAAAAAAUGAAAUGUUUGAUUUAAAAAAUCAAAUCAAAGACAAAGAUGAGAAAAUUAAACAGCUCGAAGCGGAUUAUGAAAAACAAACGACGAAAUUAGAGAACAUACGAAAUGAUUUGUUAGUAAUGAAAGAAACUCACGAAAAUGCCUGGCAAAAUCAAAGCGUUUGUUUAAACGCAUUGAGUUUAACACUUGGUUCUCUGCUUUGGAAAGCAUCCAAAGAACCCACCGCUGUACAAAGCAUCACUACCGGGGACAAACUCCCGGAUUUGUUUGAAAUUGUUCGUGGCUCGUUGAGAAGCUUUUUCGACGUUUAUGUAGAUAAAUUACCAGAUUCGAAAUCCGACGUGAAAAAAUUUAUAACUACGUUCGUUGGUAUUAUUUCAAAUAUCGCUGCAAACUCGGAAGGAAGAAGUGCUUUAGUAAGAAGUGAAGAAGGACAACUUUUAAUCAAAGAAUUAUUAGAAAAAUUACCUCGAAUUCCUAAGGAUGAAGUUUCUCUGAACAGAGUCUUCUUAUCGACUUUAUUCAACGUCAGUAUUAACAGAAUAGGCCUAUCACUGAUCGAAAAUGAAUUCACAUUGUUAGAAAGAAUAGUUCACAACAUUCUAUCCAAAAACGAACAGAAAAAAAUAUCUCUUAAAUUACUGGAAUCAAUCACUUACGAAACCAAAAAUCAGGAAUUGAUAGAAUAUCUGAGCAUUGUAAUACCGUUCGAAGAAUUAAAAGAUAGCGACGAUGAAACUUCAUUGAAAUUGAAUGAAUUAAUGAUUAAUAUGGGAAAAAAUUCAGAAUACGAAGAGAUUGUAAUAGAUUAACGUAUCUACCAAUUCAUAUGCAAGAUUUA